AUGGAUGACAUUCUGACGCCCUCAAGCUCGAACCAAGACUACGUAUUCCAGGAGCAACCUCAACCUGGCCAAAGGAUCCCAAUUUCUGACGAAAACCCUCCCUCUCAUCCUCCAACUAAUGAGGUACCUGAGUCUGGCUUGAGUGCCGGCACCUACACUCUGUUCCGACCACAAAAUGCUGUGCAGAUCCAAACUAGCUAUGCGCAAGAUGUGAUAAAUCAAAAUUCUAAAGUACAAGUAGACGUUGAUCAGAUACCUAUGCAACAUCCCGAGACUCAUAUCAACAGGACACUAGCUCAGCAGUAUUCCAAGAAUCAUGCUAUGCUAAAUGAGGAUCUAGCAUCAUCGGGGAAUGUACAUACUAAGGCUACUCCUGUGCCAAUUGCAGGUGCGCCUACACACGACAAUACCAAUGCUUCUGGCCAUACACUCAAAGACAGAAUAGAUGUGAUAUUAGCUAGCGCAAAAGAGACAGCAACCUUGAUAGACCCAGAUGCCAUGCAGGCACAAUUCUUUUCUGCUAAAGCAGCCGUGAACACAAAAUUGAAAACGAUGACGAACCUAACCGUCCAAGAUAUUACUGAGCAAGUGUGGGAGAACUUUUCAGCUGACAGUCAUGAGAUAGCACGCAAAGACUAUGGUAUUCGAGGUGCUGUGCAACAGCACGAUGGUAGUCCCGUUGAUAAUAUUAGGGAUAUCGGAUGGCACCGACCUCCCACUGAGGUUCCGGACCCAUUGCUCGGAGGUUUACCAAACGGAAGACUGUUUUCAUUGAUAAGGCGUUUCAACAAGGAUGUAUUUGACGUCCGUGCAGUCAAUCUCGAAGUUUCUCGUGGACUUGACCUAAACGAUGCCUGGUCGGACGAACACGCUGCAGAUAAGGCUACUUUGCAUCUCGAGCGAAUGUACUUAUCAAUGAUACUUGGAUUCGCUAGUCUUGGGAAGCAUGUUGCUAGAGUGCGGUCAUGGAAAGAAACUCGUCGAACAAGCGUUUUCUGUGCUGCAUAUUUUACAGCAUGGGCUCUUGAUCUGUUACUGCCCUUAGUGCUUGGCAGUCUGAUUGCGCUAGUAUCGUCAAAACAGGCUCGCAACAUUCUUUUUCCUCCAGCUCCCCUAGCUCUGGUAAAUAUGGGAACUGGCGGAAUCCAAAAACCUCAAGCUGGUCAGCUGGGAACAAGCAAUACUCUCACCGGCGCACCAGAAAAGCAAGAGGGUGAAGCUGCCGAAGAAGAAGCUGCCAAUUUUGUAAGUAACAUACAUCACAUGGUUGAAAAAGCAAUCGGAAUGCACGAGAAGAAACAGAAUGAGGGAGAUCCACUAGAGAGCAAGGUCCCAAAACCUAUCAGAAAUGCUGCGAAAGCUGUUCAAUCGGCUGGAUUUGCCCCUGGAGAUACUGGAAACGACGAAUACCUGACUCAAAAACCCAUGGAAGAAAUGCUUUGGGCCAAAGUUAGCCCAAAACAAAUCGAGCCAAUCAUCCAGACAGUACCUCACAUUAUAGGCGAGAUUGUCGACAAUUGGGAGCGCUUCGCGAACGCGAUCUCAUCCACCCCACCAUUCCCAAAGAUGGCUUUUCUUCGGAUUGACGCUGUUUUAAUACCUGCGUUUCUGAUGUCACUAUUUUUCAGCUACUAUAUGGUGUACAAAGGAAUUGGUUUCUUCAUUGGCUUUGGUAUUUUUGGCGAUCCAAUCUUGACGCCAAGUCUUCAGUGGUUAAACCAAAAUUAUUCUAAUUGGAAAGAGCUUUUAGAGCCCAAGAAUAACAUUCUCCGUGGCGUUCCCACAAAUAACCAGCUAACACUCACACUUCUGAGAAUUGGGGAGGCCAACCAUACGCCCCUCCCUCCAGUGCGAACCUCUCAACCCAAUGAUUGCAAUCAGAAGCAAACCAUUGAUCAGGAUAAUAUCCCGCUUGAUGCCACGGAUGCCGAAAUUCAGCACGCCAUUCAUCCUUCUGGAGAUAUGGAGAAAUCUCAUCCGCAGGAAGAAGAGCAGGGCGAGGGCCAGAAGCAUAAAAAGCUGGCUAAGUUUAUCCGUGCCCUGAAGGCCAAUACUAAAGCAUCUGUAGAGACGAAAUUAGCCGUGGACCAUGUCAGGGCUAAGGUUGGUAACGAAAAAGCCAAAGGACAACUAGGCAUUCUUCCAAAGAAGAAGAAUCUGAUUUACGCCGGCCCUAGCGAGUAUAAGGCUCGAUAUGACGGCAAGAAGGGCUGGCUCUACAUCACGGGUAACUCUAUACUAUUUAGCCACAAAGAGCAGGGCAACAGAUCGUCUUUAGUUGUUGAGAUACUUUUUGCAGAGAUCAAGCAACUGAAGCGAGUAGCGGCAUUCUCAACCAAGGCUGCAGAGGUGGCAGCUGAUUGGGGAACUGACAAAGAUCUAUUGGGGAGUGUGGAGAUUAAUGGGUUGAAUGAUAAGACAUGGAAGUUUACUGCGCUUCCAGAAAGGGAUGAGCUGUUUAACCGCUUGGUCGCUAUUAGCGGGCACCGGUGGGAGAAUUUGUGA